AUGUUGCCGACUCACGUGCGAAGGGGCGGCGGCCAGCGGGGCGUGUGGGGCCGCAGCGGCGGAGGUGGUGGGAGCUGGUGGGGGCGGGGCCGCGGGUGGUGGGUGACGUGGGGUCUCGGGUGCCUCGUCCUCUUCACCCUCGCCGCGCCCCUCUUCUUCCUCGACCUGAGCCAGGAGAGCCGAGCGCGCCUUGGUACGUCCUCCUCGUUCUCCUCGCUGCCCCCGUUCGUGCGCGUCGCCACCACCCACGCCUCGGCCGGCACCACCUCUACCUCUACCACCACCUCUACCACCUCUUCUUCUUCUUCUUCUUCCAGCUCUCUACGCGGCUCGUCGCCGCUGCCACGUCGUCACGUCGUCGACGACAGCAACGACGAGGACCUCGCGCUACUUCGUCGCGCAGAAGAGCACGCCAGUGAAGACGAGAAUGUAGUAGCAGAGGAGGAGGAGGAGCAUGAGGAAGUGGUGGAAAGUGAAGAAAAAGAAGAAGAUGAAGUGGAGGAGGAAGUGGAAGUGGAGGAGGCCUACCACGAGCCUGCGACUCGGCAGCGGCGGGCGACAGCGAGCGAAGAGGAGGAGGAGAUCGAAGAAGAAGAAGAAGAAGACGAGUCGGAGAGGGAGGAGGGCGAGCGACGGAGGCUCGAGCUGGGCGGAGGGCCGGCGGCCACGCGCGAUCAUCGCACGCGCGCCCCGCCCACACCGAGCGAAGAGGAGGAGGCGAGGACGCGGAACGAGAACAACGAUGGCGCCGACGAGAAUGCCGACGACGACGUAGAGGACGAAGCCGCCGCCGCGGCCGCCGACGACGACGAGGAGGAGACGGGAGUGGAAGGUGAUGGAAAUGACGAGGAUGCUGAGAAUGUCGAUGGCAGCAACGACGUAGCGGGCGAGCCUGCCGGCGACGAAGCCGCCGCAACGGAAGAGGAGGAGCAAAACGAGGAGGAGCACGACGAGGGCCAGGAGGCCGCGAGCGAAGGCGCGGCGGAGGAGGACCAAGUCGACGACGAGGAGGAAGACGACGACAGCGACGCGGAGGGAGGAGCCGACGCCAGCGACGAGCCGGCGGCGGAAACGGAGGAAGACGCGGCGGGAGGGGCAGAUGCCGAAGAGCCGGCGGAGGACGAGAGCGAGGGCAAUGACGAAGUGCUCGAGCCUGAAGAAGAAGAAGACGACGACGAAGCCGAUGCCGGGUCGGACGAGGAAUCAGGACCCGAAGGAGGAGAAGAAGAGGGAGCGGAUGCAGAAGAAGGCGGUGACGACGAGGUGGCGGGCGAAGAGAGUGAGGGCGAGGAGGAGACGAGGGUGCAGCAGGUGGAAGAAGAAGAAGAAGAAGAAGAAGACGCCCCGGAAGGCGGAGAAGAGGAGGAAAACCGGGAGAACGAAGACGACAACCAGGAGGAGGAGGAGCAGGAGGAAGAGGAGGAGGAGGAGGAGGAGGUGGAGGAGGAAGUGGAGGAGGAGGUCCACCGGCGUGGAGGCGACGCAGAAGAAGGGGGAGGCGCCACCAGGGAGCGUGGAAGACGUCGAGCAGCCGCGCCGCCGCCGCCGCUGCAACAUGAAAAGGAGGAGGAAGAGCAUAAGCAGAGACCCAACACUAAGCAACAGAACCAGGAGCCGGAGCCGCACCGGGAGGGCGAACCCGCGCCGAAGGACGACGACGGGGAGGAGGCGGAGGCGGAAGAGGAAACGCGCCCGCAGCAGCAGCAGCAGCAGCAGCAGCAUCUGGAGGAGGGCAGCGCGGAUGACGAGAUCGAGAACGAGAAGCGACGGGAGGCCGUGAAGGGCGCCUUCCUCCACGCGUGGAACUCCUACGUACGCCACGCGUGGGGCUUCGACGAACUCCAGCCCCUGUCGCGUUCGGGCAAGGACUGGCUGGGGCAGGGCAUCACCAUCCUCGACUCGCUGGACACCCUCCUCAUCAUGGGGCUCGACCACGAAUUCCAGCGCGCCCGCGCCUGGGUGCGCGACAGCCUCCGCUGGGACGACAAGGAGCGGAUGGUGUCGACGUUCGAGACAACGAUCAGGAAUCUCGGAGGCCUGCUGUCGGCCUACGGCCUGACGGGCGACGAAUUGUUCCUGGAGAAGGCCAAGGACCUGGGCUCGCGCCUCUUGCGCGCCUUCCAGGCCGACGACCUCAUGCCCAAGGCCGCCGUCGGCCUCGUCUCGGGGCGUGGCAAGAAUCCGUCGUGGACGGGCGGGAAGGCCAUCCUAUCGGAGGUGGGCUCCAUCCAGAUGGAGUUCCUCUACCUGGCCAAGGCCGCCCGCAACGCCUCCUUCGCCGAGAAGCCGUCCGGGGUGAUGGACGUGCUGGACCAGCAGGGCAAGAUCAACGGCCUCUACCCCAUCUACCUCGACGGCCACUCCGGCAAGCUCUCCACCUCCUCCAAGGUGACGUUGGGCGCGCUGGGGGACAGCUUCUUUGAAUACCUCCUCAAGCUGUGGCUCCUGGCGGACAAGCGCAUCCCCAAGUACCAGCGCAUGUACGACGAAGCCGCGCGCGGCGUCCUUCAGCACAUGACCGCCCACUCCGAGCCCAACAAGUUCACGUACCUGGCCGAGCUCCACAGCCCUCAGAACGGCGGCAAGAUGCCCCGCAUGGACCACCUCAAGGCGCACGGGGCUCUUCCGGAAGACAACGCGCCGUUCAUGGAGCUGGGCGAGCAGCUCACCGCCACGUGCCACGAAACCUACAAGCGCAGCCCUUCCGGCAUUGGGCCGGAGGUGAUCGAGUUCAAUCCGCGCAACGGCGACGACUUUUCGCCUGCCCAGAAUGCCUACCUCCUCCGCCCUGAAACGGUGGAGAGCUACUUCAUUCUGUGGCGGCUCACCCACGACCGACGCUAUCGAGAGUGGGGCUGGGAGGCCUUCCAGGCCAUCGAAAGACACUGCCGCCACCACGUCGGCUACGCCGGCCUCAGGCACGCCAUCCCCCUCCCCCUCUCCAACCACAACCACAACCACAAAGCAAUUGCAAUUGACCGCGGUAAGGAGUUGGACGUGGACUCGAGCACGCCGGAGAAGGACGACACGCAGCAGAGCUUCUUCCUGGCGGAGACGCUGAAGUACCUCUUCCUCCUGUUCAGCGACGACGACGUCAUCCCGCUCGACCAAUACGUCUUCAACACGGAGGCCCACCCGCUGCCCAUCUUCAAGGACUCCUUCGCCGACUGGAAGGGCUUCACCGGCAGCCGCCGCUUCGAAUGA